UAUCACACACCUGGAGAGAGAAACAGGAAGAAAAGUGAUUGUUGAACUUUGUAAGGAGUGAACGUAGGUUGUUGUUGUAGGAGCGUGGUGUUGCAGUAAAUGGCACGCACAUUUAUAAAUGGCUAAGUUCUUGUUCCUGGGAGUCCAAAUGCUGUGGACUGGAGUACUGCUGCUGUCCUGUCUGGAUCUAUGGGUAUCUGCAGAUGAUUUAUGGGACAAUGAUAUUCAAGUCCAAAAACACAGCCAUCAACAGUCAUGGGGGCGUAUUUUCAGAAAGCAUUGUGAUUCAACACACAUUAAGGACUGUGAUCGUGGUUAUUACAGGGAGCGAAGUGGACCACAUAAGGGACGGUGUGUGCGGUGCAACUGCAAUGGCCUGUCCAAUGAUUGCGACCCACAUACUGGAAAAUGUUUGAACUGCCAGUGUAAUACAGCCGGCGAUCACUGUGAGCGUUGCAUGGAGGGAUAUUACGGCAGUGCUGUUAUGAGAACAUGUCGUAUCUGUCCGUGUCCCUUAGCAGACCCCUCUAACAGUUUUGCAGUGGGAUGUCUCAGGGUUGGAGAUGAGUUUGCGUGUUUGUGCAAACCUGGUUACGCAGGAGUUCGAUGUGAAAGGUGUGCGCCUGGAUACUAUGGCAAUCCUUUAGUGAAAAGAGGAAGUUGUCAGCCGUGUGACUGUGACCACGGUUAUGUAUGUAACCCGCUAACAGGUGAUUGUUAUGAGGCCGACGACCCGAAUACGGACAACUGCCUCGAGUGCGAUGCCUGCAUCAUUAAGUUAAUGGAUGAUCUUAAUGCGAUGGAUGAUGAGUUCUCCAAACUGAAGACUCAACUCGAGCUUUAUACUCGAAAUGCUACUUCACUCACAGAGCUGAAAAAACUUGAAGAUGCCAUUGCUGGCACUAAGGUUUUGGUCCAUAAGUACAGUCAAUCUGUCUUCGCAUUGAAACCAAAGGUUUUGGAGCUUGAAUCUGAUAUUAAAAGUAUUAUAGAUGACCUCACUUUUCUCAGGAACAAGGCACUUGAGAUGUUCUGUACUGCAAUACAGUUGUUAAAGACUCUGGACCAAACCUAUCAAAGAGGGGACAACCUACGAUCUGAGAGUGUGAAACUUUUACAAAAGAUACAAGAGUUUUUGGAAGAGUUGAAGCGAUCCAACCAAACGGGCGGGAACACAGAGGGGGCCACCAGGAUGAUAAAAGAAGCCCGAUCGAUGCUGGAGAAGAUGCGAAGACAAAGCUGUAGGGUUCAGAGAGAACUGGCUAACGAGGAGCUCAGAAAAGCACAAACAUUACUUAACCUCAUCUUGAAUGACCUGAUGGUUCCUGUGAAUGGCUCCUUGGAAGUGGCUGAUCGUAUUAGACAAAAACUAAUGGAUCAGGCAGAAGAUCUUAAAGAUAUAAAAGAGGCACUCACAGAUGCACAGCGUGAUGUGAUCAAGGCCAAUGAUGUGAAUAAAUUCAACGAGGAACAACUGAGAAAUAUUUUGGAACAGUUCGAGAAAUUGAGUAAAAAUCAAGAAAAUAUCAUGGCCAAUGUGAACAUGACCAGAGAGACACUAAAAGAGACUUCGGAUUUCCAGAAAAUGAUGGCUUACCUAACAAAGGAAAUUAGUAAUCUAGCAGCUUUGAUUGACGGAGCAAAAAACAGUCUAGAGGCAAAACUUGACCUGCUCGCCAAUGCAACUGCUAAAGCGGGAAUUGUGAGACAGGCUGAGGAGCAUGCACAGGAACUUAUGAAGCUGGCUAUGGAUUUUCAAAUGUUCAUACGGAGCAUCUCCAAUUCAACCGCUGUUCAGAAAGCAAUCGAAGCCAUCAAAGCAUUCACAAGCGUCAUUGAUGCCAUAAAGGAGGCGGAAGCUGCCGCCAAACACGCUAAAGAAGUUGCAGACCGUGCUUUUGAGGAUGUGCGAGGACAAGAUCUACAAAAUAGAGCCAAUGAUUUGAAAAACUUUGCAAAUACUCUGCUAGAGAAGGCUAAGGAAGCAGAGAUACAGCUAGAAGAUGUCACGCAAAAAUGUGAAGCUUACAAGGACCUGAUCCAGAUGGCCAAAGACAAACAGAACUCCAUGCAGCAAGUCUUGCAAGAUCUGUUGGAGAGGAUGAAGAACAUCAGAAGGGAUGAUAUUCAUGUCCUCAUCAACGAAGCCAAGGAAGGUGCAGCAGAUGUGAAUGCCACAGCAGACGAUGCAAAAACCAGAAUGCAAAACAUCAGCGAGGAACUUAACAAAAUCAAGAUUUCCACUCUAGAUUCAAACCUGACCAACUUACUUGAUGGUGUCAACAAAACAUUGUCAGAACUGGAUCAGUCUUUCCCUUCACUGAUUGACAAACUAAACAAAGUGAUGAACCAAAGCGCCCGCAUGCCUAGUUCAGCCAACAUCUCCAGGGGCAUCCAUAAAAUCAAAGACUUGAUCGAACAGACCAGGGACAUGGCCAACAGGAUCAGGGGGCCGAUCUUGUUUUCUGGUGAUGCUCACAUUGAACUUCGACCUCCUAAAGACCUAGAAGACUUCCGAACCUUUACUGCUCUCAAUCUUUCUCUGCACCAACCAAUAUCUCGAGGCGAUGGAAGACGUAGACGCCAACUGGGUGAAAACAACCAGUUUGUUUUAUAUCUUGGAAAUAAGCAAACAGUGAGGGAUUUCAUUGGCCUGGUUGUGAAGGAUGGUGUCCUGUUUUGUGUCUACAAAGUGGGUGGGAAUUUUUAUGAGAUAAAAACCAGCGAAAUCACCAAGUCCGACAAUUCCAAAGCUUUUAUGGAUAGGGUGGAUUUCCGCAGAGUUUAUCAAGAUGCGCAGGUCAUAUAUACAGAGUUUUACACUUCAACUGCACCCAACCGGCUGCCGCCUAUGAUUAAUAAGCCUAACGACAUGAAUGGAUUGCUUGAUCUGGAUCCCAAUGAGGUUGUUUUAUAUGUAGGAGGAUACCCAGAAGAUUUUGAGCCACCCAGAGAGCUACGCUACCCAGGAUACAAGGGUUGUAUCGAGUUUUCUACAUUAAAUGAUUGUAUCCUUGGCUUGUACAACUUUCAGCGUGCCAUCAACAUCACGAAAACCGACAAGUGUCAAAGGGGAAAAGUCCAGAUCCCGGGGGAUUAUUUCGAUGGCACAGGUUACGGAAAGGUUGCUGUACUACAUUACAACGCUCUUAUUAAGUUCGUAGUUAGGAGUCAUCAAAUGGAUGCAGUGCUUUUUUAUAUGGGAAACGAGAACUUGCACUUCUUAGUUACAUUAGAAGGAGGCUAUAUUGUUUUGCAAGGGGAAAAAAAUGACAUAAAAAUUUUUGAAAAGUCAACAGAAAAAGUUCCCCUAAGAAACUUCAUCAAUAUCAAAAUGAUUCUGAAUGAUAAUACACCAGCAACAAUAACUGUUGCAGACAGCAUCACCAUUUUUUUUGGAAACGUCAAGGGGCUCUUUGAGGAGGCCUACAUCGGGGGUGUUCCAACUGCAGUCCGGGAAAAAUAUAAUAUUGUUCUUCCGCCACUAAGAGGAUGUGUCAAAAAUGUCAAUGUAGAUGUUGCUGCUUUCUUUAUAGAGGAAGUUGGAAUCGUCCAAGGUUGUCCAGAUCUUUUACUGGGUUCCCGAGAGGCUGCUUUGAAAUUUGGGAGUUCUCUCUCUCUGUCACCUCCUGUAAACGAUACAGACUCUGGGACAAUGGUUUCACUUGGAUUUAAGAUAUCCCAGGAGAAUGUUUCAUCCUUAAUACUGACUGGUGGAAUGAAUAAUGAGUUUUUGCUGUCCUUGAAUGAUGGCUAUGUUGAAAUGCGUGAUAAUAAGGAAAAAUUAACAUCCACAUACAAAAGCGAAACUGGAAAAUGGCAUUACAUAACAGCCUACAAAUCUGGGGAAAGGAUGCAGCUAAACGUUGACAACACCGAUAUUGCAGAUCCCCUGUCACCAUCCACAUUCCUUGAACUUGGAGAAAAUUUGAUUUUAGGGGAUGGUUUAUUUGAAGGCUGUUUGAGGAACCUGUAUAUUCGGAGUCUACAGACCCAGUACAUACCGGCUGACUUGAGCAGAUUCAAUCAGACUGGAAAUGUAUCUCUGGGAUUGUGUAAAGCCGAGCCCCCCCGACUGGACCCUACUAAGAGGCGUGCAAGACAUACUGGAAUUACAUUCAACAGCAAUUCGGGAAGAUCUAUAAAAGGCUGUAGAAACCCAAAGUCCAUCAAAAACACCUUCCACCUUGGUUCCAACAGCCAAAUGCAGUUUAAAAUAGAUCCAGAGAUGCUCAAUAACAGGCUGCAUUUCUCCCUAAAUGUCUGUACCAAUUCAUCUGAAGGACUUUUACUCCAUGUCUCAGGGAAAUAUGGUGUUCCUCUUGUGAUCUUAUAUUUGGAUAAAGGAAAAGUCAAACUCUUUGUUGGGGCAGAUGAAACAAUCUCCUCUCAGAAGAUAAAUGAUGGUUACUGGCACAAUAUCAAGUUCAGCUGGAAGCAAUACAACUUUCAUCUAGUGGUGGAUGGCGUUCACACACCCGCUGGACAUUCGGUGAAAGGAUUCACACAUGAUCUGCCGUCUCCUGUCUAUGUGGGACUCGGAACAUUUCAAAAGCUUCACAAAACCCAAGAAAAAGUGCCUCAGAAGAGUAUAAUCGGAUGCAUUAAAGACAUCAGGGUUUCUAAGGUUCUCCUCGUGGAUCCAGCUGUCAGUCGUGGGGUUACGCCCUGCUUCAAAGGCGUGACAGAGAAGGGGGCCUACUUUGCUGGAAAUGGCACACAUUUGGUGUUAGAAAAUUACGUUAUCUUUGGUUCUACGUACAACCUGAGUUUUGAAUUUCGACCCAGGAAACUCACCGGCCUAGUCUUCCACAAAAUCGAUAACCGUGGACAGAGACUCACUCUCUUUCUCAAGGAAGGAAAGGUGGUGUUAACCGCGUAUGAUGGACAGCAGCGCUAUGACACCACAUUGACCCCAACAAGACCUAUCUGUGAUGCAUUUCACUAUGUGACAGUGUCCAUAUGGAAGAAAACUAUCAAGCUAAGAGUGGAUGAAGUGUCUACACAGCUGAAACAAAAGUCUGUAUACCGUCCUCCAUUGCAUGAAACGAUCUACAUCGGUGGCAUUUCAGAGAAUCGAAGCGAAGAAGUGGAAAUGCGAGCAUCUUAUGUUGGGUGUUUGAGAAACGUGUGGCUUGAUCAAAAUCCUGUCACUUUUGAAGACAUAACGAGCAUAUUCGGCCCCUUAAACACCAACGAGUGCCAAGCGGAGUAAUGGAAACAGAACGCAUGCACUGAUCAGAAGACCAAUUCUGGAGUUAAACAGUUUGCAAAAUACAAAUUAGUGCUGGGCGGUAAACCGGUUCAAUGUUGCAGUAAGCAAGUUUUUGCCCAAAGGCACCUCAUGAAACGGAUUUCUGACAGUCUUCUGAGGCGGAGUAAUGGUUUACUGAUCUACAGUAAAAUAUAGAGAGCUUUGGUGAUAACUGAGUGGAUAUUUGAUUACUGCUAUAUUAAUUUCUCGCUAGAAAUUACAUAAAAAGUGGAAAACGUUGUUCAGAAACAUUCAUUUACACACAAACUGACCACCGACCGCAACUUUCAGAUGCCAUGUUUAUUUUUUGGCUUAACUCUCACAGAAUGGAAUGCACAGGAUUGUGGGAUAUCAAAGGCAGCGAAGGAUACAUCUAUGCUGCCUUCAAAUUCGGCCAGAUGAAGGCAUCUCAGGAGACAGGAAAUGAAGCGGACAUUGAUUUCAGACGUGCCUUGAUGCCUUCCUACCUUGGAAUGCGACCUCUGAAGGCAGCAUUUUUCAGUUUUCGGAUACAGAGGUGGUGAGGGUACACACAGCAGUGCUCUGGUGUUACGUUAUAACGCUGCGGUGCGUUGUCUGCAGCAGUCCAGCAAUUGUUAACGUACCGAGUCUAUUUUUGCUGUGCUGCAGGCGCUGAAUUAAAGUGAAAGCGGAUUGUUUGCGGGAAAAAUGAACAUGGAUUGACAUGGAAACACAGUCACGUGGGUUUUUUGGCUAGGUGUAAAACACGCGGUAUUCCAGGCCAAGUGCAUGCAACCACUGGCAGCUAAUUUUAAAGUCUGCUGGAAAACUAUGCAGUCCAGCAGUGCUGUUGCACCAGCAACACUACACCUACGACCUAUCCUGACCACUGUACUAAAUACAGAUAAAUCUACGCCAACUUGAAGCUAUCCUAACUGGUGCAAUACUAUGCUACUAACUAACUAUGCUUCUAACAAUACUAACAUUACACUAUCAACUAUGCUAAUUAACUAUAUAGGCUACACAAAAUAAUCUAAAUAAGUAUAUAAAUGCUAUGCUAAAUAGAUGAUAUAACAGUCUAUUCUGGUCGCUUUCAAUACUCGCAAUUCCAACUCCUGACUCACUACAGUGAUUUUGACGGAACAAGAUGGUUUUAUACUGCCAAGGGCGUGGUAGCUCAUACCUAGGGGCGUGGUGAGCUGGAAACUGGAUACGUCACUUGCCACUGCAACAUCCAAUAGGAAAAAUCAACUGCAGUAGCCACUGUUCAACCUGAAGAGGGCAACACUCACGUUUUUACACCAUUUAUUGUAGAAUUAAAAACACUUUAUACUCAAAUGUCAAAAAAAUUACUCGAAUCAAUGAACAGCACUAAUAAAGCCCCAUUCUUACAGAUCAUUAACUAAAAAAAGCUGGUUUAGGGUUUAGUUACUCUUUAAAUGUAAAAUGCACGAGACUGUUUCUGUCUGUGGUGUUUGAAUUUUAAAAAAAAUUAACAAGAAAAGUAGGCUAAUUCUUGUGUUUAAAUGUUUUACCGCUUGAGCUUAAUAUAUAUAUAUUUUUUUUACAUCAUAUGACAUCAAAACAAUGAACAAAUGUUGUGUUUAUGGACUAAACUGACGUGGAUCAGUAGCGGACUGCAAACACGUCCUGUGUGAAAGCACAAUGACUCCAUAUGCACUGCAGGCAGAUUAUGCAUAUAUAAUAUCCAUAUUAUGCAAGUGCUUUCGGCUAAAAUUGUCGCCAAAGGCGGCAACACGAGCAAUUUGCUCCAGCACCUUAACCGCAAGCACGUCUUGGAAUAUCAACCAGCAGAAAAUGCAAUGUACACCUGAUUAUGCAUGAAAAAAAUAAAUCGCCUUAAACCGGAAAACCGGUAUAAUUUAGAAAAAAACAAAAAAACAAAAACGUUAUAUACAUUUUUGGUCAAACCGCCCAGCACUAAAUUAUUAAUUACAAAUUAUGAUUGUUUUGGGUAAUUGUAUUGUAAAGUGACAUUAAAGAUAGACUUGUACAAAUAUACAUAAUGAAAGCACAUUACCUCAGUAGCUAGAAUUAAUGUUAAUGAAGCCUCAAAUGUAAAAAUGUGUAUGGAAAUAAAAAAAUAUUCUUUAAAUUA